ACGUGGUCUGCAGGGAUCUGUGGUGUGGCACAGCCCUGUCUGUGCAUGGGGCAGCUCAGUUUGGAGAUUGGGCUGGUCCCAUGUGGGACAGAGAACUGCAGUGUGUGGGGAAUGAAUCUCUUCUUGCCUCCUGCCCCAAGGGAUCCCCCAGGACCCAGCCCUGCAGCCAUGCAGAUGCUGUUGGAGUCACCUGCACAAAGUUCACAGGGUUCAGGCUGAUGAAUGGCAGCAGAGGCUGUGAGGGGAGGGUGGAGGUCCAAGUGCAGGGGACGUGGGGCACCCUGUGUGAGUGGCGCUGGGACCUGCUGGACGCCCACGUUCUCUGUCGUCACCUCAACUGUGGCUUUGCUGAGUCCCUUCCUGGAGGAGGCCACUUUGGGAGAGGCACAGGCCCUGUCUGGAGAGACUCCUUCCACUGUGCUGGCACUGAAGCCCAGCUGGGCCAGUGCCCCGUGAGCAGCCUGGGGGCCUCUCUAUGCUCCCAUGAGCAGGACGCUGCUGUCAUUUGCUCAGGGCACGAGGCCAGCCUGCAGCUCUGCAACACCUCCCUGCCCCAGAGCCUGCUGGCAGCAGGCAUUGCAGAGGAUGUGGGGGUCUCUUGCAGCGGGAGCCGGCAGGUGCGGCUGGCAGAGGGCCGCGGGCGCUGCGAGGGCAGAGUGGAGAUCUACUCGCAGGGCAGCUGGGGCAGCGUCUGCGAUGACAGCUGGGACCUGGCCGAUGCCAGCGUCGUUUGCCAGCAGCUGGGCUGCGGAGGGGCGCUGCAGGCGGUUGGCUCCGCUGGCUUCGGGGCAGGCUCUGGGCACAUCUGGCUGGAUGGGGUCAACUGCUCCGGGGCCGAAGCUGCUCUCUGGGAGUGCCCGGCAGGGCCCUGGGGGCAGCACGACUGCGGGCACAAAGAGGACGCCGGAGUCAUCUGCUCAGAGUUCGUGGCCCUGAGGCUGGAGAACAGCAGCAACUGCUCCGGGCGCCUGCAGGUGUUCUACAAUGGCACCUGGGGCAAUGUCUGCUCCAACUCAAUGACUCCCAGAACUGUCUCACUGGCAUGCAAGGAGCUGGGCUGUGGGGACACAGGGGACCUGGAUGCAAACCUGCCCUCUGCUAGGGUGUCUGCUGCUGCCUGGCUGGAUCGAGUGCAGUGUGGGGAGAGAAACAGCUCCUUCUGGCAGUGUCCCUCUGCUCCCUGGCACCUGCACUCUUGUGAAGACCUGAGAGAUGAGACCCACAUCAUCUGCCAUGGGAAACGACCAGAAGUGUCUGCAGAUCUCUCAGCCCCAUGCCCAGACUCCAGGAACUGCACAGCCAGGGAGAAGAUUCGUGCCGUGGGAGGGCAGCACAGGUGCUCAGGCAGAGUGGAGGUCUGGCUGCACGGCUCCUGGGGCACGGUGUGCGACGACUCCUGGGACAGGCAGGAUGCCCAGGUGGCAUGCAGGCAGCUGGGCUGUGGCCCUGUGCUGUCUGCCCCGGGGGAGGCUGCCUUUGGGGAGGGGACAGGCCCCAUCUGGCUGGAGCAGGUGGAGUGCCAGGGCACAGAGCCAUCUCUGCAGGAGUGCUGGGCCCGGCCUGGGGACAGCGGUGUCUGCCGGCACAAGGAGGAUGCUGCUGUGAGCUGCUCAGAUGCACCCAGCACAGAAGCACCAACCCCCCGCGCAGCUGCCCAGGCCCCUUGGGAGCCCUUCCCUCAGGCUGUGUAUGAGGAGAUUGGCUACAGCACAGCAUGGGAGAAGCAGGAGAGGUUCAGUGACUCAGUGCAAGGACUGUGA